GCCCAUGGCGAAAAUCGCAGAGCUGGAAAAUGCAUUGGCGACAGAGUGAGAAAAAACGACGGCCAUGGGAGAAAGGCUCAGGUCAGCCGAGGAGGGCCUAUCUAAGGUCGUCAAAGUGAACAGAGAAGACGCUGGUGACGGCGGAAGCAUUAUGGCGACGACCCCCCGUGGGGGAGAGGCGAAGGGAACAUCAGGCAUGACAAAGGCAGGUACAGUGGCCACAGGGCCCAGCUACCGGGAAGUAGUUUUGAGGGAGGGAGGGGACAAAGCAGCCGUGACCCGCGCUAGUCACCUAGUCAGCAGCCAGGUGCAUGUUUCAGAAGGAAUGUCUGAACAGGUCAUUAUCGCCGGGAACUCAAAUUUAGUCCGAUGCGCAGAGGCAAUCAAUGAGAGGGUGAAAGGCGACAAGAGAGUUUCGAUAGGGACGUUCCCAGGACAUACGCUGGGGUCAGUCAUGAGGCAAGCGAGUGAAAAACUCGCAGCUAAAGCUAACAGACGUAACCUCGUGGUAAUUGCACGAGGGCUCAAUGACGUCUUGAAUAAAGAAUCGUCAGGACUAGCGACAACCUUGGCGAAAGGGGUCGAGGACAUGCGCGCCGUGUCCCCCCAGGUGCAAAUUGUAGUAUGCACAGUACCGGAAGUACCAGUGCGCAACGGCAACUUGCAAAGGGCGGUUGUCGACGCAAACAAAGAGAUAUGGCGAAUUAGCGGAGAGAAGGGUUUCGAGGUAGUGGAUAUAAACAGGGAGGUGCACAGGUGGGCUGGUUUCCAAAGAGACAGAAUUCACUUCGGUAAGAGGCUUGGUCAUGAGGUGGGCUGGCGACUGGCAGGACGCGCAGUAGCUUUUUUGGGGGGCACGCGGGCCCUUCGGAGUCCGGGGUAGCUAGUAACAGGGAAAACAACCAAGACUCUUUGACAGGUAGUAUUGCUAAAAACCACAAAAAAGGUAAAAGGAAAAGGGAGAAGACGCGUGUUGCAAUUAGUUACAUAAACAUGCAGGGUGGCAGAAAAAAGGCAAAAUGGUUAGAAAUUGAGGAGCAGUUAAACAAACAGAUAGGCGUUUAUACGGUUACGGAAACACAUCUUAGAGACUUGGAAGAGCCACCACAUAUUGAAAAUUAUGUUUGGGAAGGGUGCAACAGGAUCAUAUCAGAAAGGAAAGGUGGGGGUGUAGGAAUGCUAAUUCACCGCGGCUCUAAAUGGGUUAGAGUGAAACAGGCGUGCUCAGAGCACCUCUGGGUUUUGGGCACAGUAGGUGGAAAGGAAACAUGGCUAGAGGUGGCCUACUUGUGGACGAUCAAUAACUGCAGAGAAAAGAAUCAGGAGAUAGUGGAUUUCAUGAGUGUGGAUAUUAAGGCAUUUGGUAAUGGGGCCGAAAUCAUCCUUCUAAGAGACAUGAAUGCCCACAUACAUGAUCUUGACGGAUAUUCAGACACCAAUGGGAAGUUAUUACUAGAUCUAUCCGAGCAACAUAGUCUGGAGAUAGUUAACACGGGGCCUAAAUGUGACGACCAGAUCACGUGGGAAGUCGGAAACAAACAAUCAAGUAUUGAUUAUUGUAUCAUGUCUGAAGGAAUUUAUCAGAAACUGACAGAAAUGAGAAUAGACGAGGAAGGGAUUAAAAGCUUGGGUAGUGAUCACAAACGAAUAACAUUACAAAUGGGAUACAAAACUGAAAAUAAGAGCAUGGAAUCAAAGUCUGGCACCUCGUAUUUCAAUGACAAACAAAUAAUAAAUAUAGCCGCAAGAGUCGAGGAAGAAGUAGGCGAAACACCAGGCAAGAUCUGGGAGUAUUGUGAGCUGUUACAUCUAAUGACGAAGGAGAUAGGGAAAGAAAAGAAAUCUAUUUGCUGGAAAGGAAAGAGGAAGCUAAAAAUUUGGUGGAACAAGGACAUUCGUGAAGCGAUCGAGAAGCGACGCGAAGCAUCACGGGAGCAUAUAAAGGCCAAAAAGCAGAAGCGGCCGCAGGACGAACUCAAGAAAAUAUGGUAAAUAUAUUUAGAGAAAAAAUUCGUUGUACAGCAAUUGGUCGAGGCAAAAAUAAAUGUGAAAGUGAACGCUGGGUGACAGAGAUUCACGAAAAAAAAGGAGGCCGCGCCUAGGAUAUUUUGGAGCCACAUAAAGGCGCUAGGUAGGAAGUCUGUCACAAUGCAACAAUAUAUUGUAGAUGAAGGAGGAAAUCAAUUGGAAGGGUACGAAGCGCUAGGUUACAUCCGAAAGGUAACAGCCGAUUCUUUUAAAAAGAGCGUCCAGGGGAUUGCCCCGGUGAGUAAAAGUGUGGCGGAGAGAGCAACCGAGGAAGAGCUAGUACUUGAGAAUUUCAACUGGAAGAAGGCCGAAGGAAAAAUUCCAAAGCGCACUGCCGCGGGUUUAGAUGGGGUUCCCGUUAGCCUCAUUAACGAACUAGGACAUAAGACUAAAGAAGCAUUGUUGACAGCCGUAGAAAAA